GUGAGCGCUUGUAACAAAAUAACUUCACUCCUCGCAAACCAGGCAACUGGCUUACAAACAAAGACUUACCCGACUGACCUUUAGCGUUUCUCUCUAAUCGCCAUGGCCAACAGGGUUACACAUGGAGGACGCGGAGGAACCCGUGGCAGUGGCCGAUUUCCCGUAGGUUCCACACCGCCCCGCCCUCAAUUGGUUUGUCCCAAGGUUGAAGGACAAUCACUCGACUUUGGCUGGACAGAGUCACCAUUUCGUGGCUCCCCUCGAGGUAAUCGUGGCUACCGGGGUCGUUCACCCAUGGGCCAGCGCCCCCAACGCGGCAGUUACGCUUUUUUCCCGGGUGUGAAACCCGUGGUGAGCGCCAAUAUGCGAUUGGGCGAUAAGUGUCGCCCUCCUAUCUUGGUCUCAACUGAGAGAGACGAGAAUGACAACCCAAUGGUCGAGCUGGUCCAGGAUGAACCCAUGACGCCUCCACCUACUUCCCAUGAGCAAGAUAAUCUCUUCACGGGAUGCGAAGAAGGUGCAAGCGAAGAUUGUCUCUGCCAUCGUCCACCUACGGUUAUUAUGUGUCGAAUGUGCGGUCACAUGUUGGUUGGACGAGUGCGAAAGCGGUGUUUGGCCCAUCCUCGUCACAUCUAUCUGUACGACCUGAAUCGUUGUCCGAUAUCAAAUUGCUUGGCCGUGGCUUCUAUGCUGCUUGAGACAAGCUAUCCCGUCGAGAUGUUUGAAAGGACUAGAAAAUGAGGCACCCCGCUCGAGAUUGCGAUAUCGUUGGCCAUAUGCCACACUUCAAAACACCUUUGCGCGACCCUUAUGUAAAAUUAUUGUAAGCAAAUUUCUGGCCGAAUGUCGGUCGAGUCCGAGCGAAAAAUAUAUAUUUUUAGGUUUGUUCAA